AUGGGUGAUGGACAUCCACAAAUUAAUACAUACUAUACGGAACAUAACAUACCAUACUAAAUGGAGUUUUCGUAUUUAAGUACAUAAUAAUACAAAUGCUCUGAUACCACCACACAUUACCCACCUUGCAAUCUAAGUGGAGACAGUCAGCAUUCACAAUCCUAGUGUUGUUUGUUGCAUCUGUAGAUUUACCCUCUCUAAAUUUCUAAGGGACAUUUUCACCUCUGUUACAUGAAACCGCUCUCAUGUGUGGUGCACUUUUUAGAAUGGUGUGUUCCCGCUAAUUGCAUUUAGGAACAUUCGCGCAUAGCCUACUGCCACGUUAGCAUUGCUGUGUUUAUAAUGUGAAUAAAUAAUAGUUUAUCAACAUUUUAAGCUACAAGUUCUGAUCUGUUGCAUCAGCCUCAUUGCUUUUGAACAUUUGUUGAUGUACAGUAUACCUUGUUGUAUGAAUGUUGCACAGGAGGUUGAUGGCACCUUAAUUGGGGAGGAUGGACUUGUGGUAAUGGCUGGAGCGGAAUAGGUGGAAUGGUAUCAAAUACAUCAAACACAUGGUUUCCAGCCAUUAUUAUGAGCCGUCCUCUCCUCAGCAGCCUCUACUGGAAUGUUGGAUCUAUGGUCCUAGAACAGUCCCAGAGACUGUUUGAACCGUCCCAGACAUAGCCUAUUUGAUCUUCCCCGGGAAGACAGGACGACCUAGCUAUAUAGCCUACCUAGAAAGAAAGCACAUCUUUCGAUCCUCUCUCCCGAAACUGUUGAAUGAUUAGGCCUAUUUCUCAGUUUCUCUAACCUUUCUGUGUUGGCUAUAGUAAACUCAGCUGCCUGCUGCAGCGCUCACUCAACACCAAUGACUGUGCUCAACACAAAAAAUAUUCAUGUAGACUACACUGUCCCGCGAAUGUCUCGCAAAAUCAUCCUGCUGUCCCGCAUUUGGGUAUUUUAAAUGUGGUCACCCUAAGGCCAGCUGAAGAGUGAACUGAUGCUUUGCAAGGAGACAUCUCUUUUACAUAAAAUCUUCAGUGAGAGUAAUAAAACAACAUUUUCUUCUUCUUCUUCAGUGGGGUUUAUCGGCGGUUGGCAUCCAACGUUAUGGUGCAUUACCGCCACCUACUGUACUGGAGUGUGGGCCAGAGACAGGGAGAAACUAAAUCCUACCUGCCAGCCCCGUUGUUCUUAAAAAAGAUAACAAAAUAUUUGAGACUGUAUCUAAUGACGUUCUACUCAAUAUACUAUUUAAGCUAAUUUCCUGUAUCCCCUUCUCCCUCAUACUAGAUCUCAUCCUCUCUCUUUCCCUCUGAUACUGCCCACACUGUAGCAAUACAUGCUCCACAGUGUCUGUUUCCUGACAAUAAUCACACUUUCCUGUUGGAUGCUUUCCUAUCACAUUUAAUGUCUUAUUCAACUGGCUGUGUCCCACCCUUAAUCUUGUAAAAAUAGCCUCCUCUCUUCUGUCUCUUCCUGCCGUCCUCCCCUCCCCGACUUUCCUCUGUACUUGAAAUAAAUGCCUUCCCUUAUUAUCUCUAUUCCACUGCUCCUGCUAUCUCUGCACCAUCACUGAAUAUAUCAGUCUUUUUUACUCUUCCUUGCUCAUUGAAACAUCAACAUCAACAUCAACAUCCCCACUACUAAGUGUUUGUUUAGCCUGUUCAUCUACUGCCUCGUUCCCCUCCACCCCCACACACAUGGGCUGGGACCCAAGUAAAUCUUAUCUAUAUACCCAUCUGUUUAAUCCUGCCAUGGGUCCUGCCAUGGGUUUGUAGCAUCUCAUAAAGCAGGUCUUGUCUGCUACGUGAGCUAAAGGACUGGAGACUCAUUAACACUGCACAUGAAUUAGAGCAAUUAACUACUCUGUCUUGUUUGACUUCCUCCACUCACUGCAAGGCCAACAGUAUGGCCAUCAGCUCCACCUUAUAUACAGCCAGAUGAUCUGUAAUACGUUUCCUGACUUCCACCCCAUAUUCCUGCACUACAAAUGCUGACCCAGUAUGUCCUGUCCUUGGCUCUUUUGAACCAUUCCUGACACACAGUAUCCAGACGUCUCUUAAACAAAUCAGAUGGAUCAACACCCUCCCUAUCUUUCUGUAGUCUCUCCAACACUUCUAGAUCAACUACUGGAGGCGGGAGUAGCCAUGGUGGAUUUACAGGAAUGAGAUUUUAUUUUGUGAUGGGUUGUUUUUUUAUACAAUGAAUUUAGCAAUUAGAUUUGAAAGUCCUCGUCUUCCUGUCUGACGAAUAAACUCAAUCUCCCAAGCUUCCUUGCGCUCCUGUCCUGACGUAGCAGGAAGUAAACUUGGCAUGUUGAUAGCGGAGGUUGUUUUGAAGUGAAACUGGUGAGUUUUAUUACAUUUAACGUGCAUAUUUAUCUGUCUCAUUUUAUAUUUCACGUCAAUACAAUAUGCACAGCAACGUCUGGAUUUUUAUCUAAUGUAGUGCAUGUGUAGUGCAUAUUUAUCUGUGUCGUUUUAUGUUUCACGUGAGUACAGUAGGCUAUGCACACUGCACAGCAAGGUCUGCGCUUCGUCACAUUAAUGUUUUCCAGGAAAUAUGUUUUGCCCUGACCACUGUCAGCCUCUAAACAAGAUCAGGAUGAACACAUUCUCCAGAAUAGCAAUAUUGUGUAGUGUAGACAAGAGUACAAAGUUUAUACUUUAAUCGUGUUGAUGUAACUCUGUAUACAUGCGUGUAAAAUUGGUUGUAAGAACCGUUAUAGCUCUCUCUCUCCACCCCAUUUCUCCACACUCCUUCCCUCUCUUUCUCCCUCACUCUCUCUCCCUCCAGGGCAGUCUAUAUAUGAUGUGAUGGGUGUCCAUGGUCUGACCAGCUAUGUGGAGGGUAACAGGGGCUUGUUCCAGGACAUCAGGUUCAGAGACAGCAGACUUGUGAUAGAUGGCUGUAGUCUGUUCUUCAGGCUCUAUCUAAACCAUGGACUGGAUCAGGUACACGGAGGGGACUACGAUGCCUUCGGCACCCUGCUGUCUACCUUCAUCUCUGCACUGGAGGCCUGCAACAUACAGCCAUAUGUGGUGCUGGAUGGAGGUGUGUGUGUGUUUGUGCAACAGGAUCUGUGGCUCACGGAUCGGCCUUGUCAGUAACCUCCGAAGCCCCAUAAAUAAAAUCCACUAGGAGGAAAAUCAUGAUCAACUCUAGUGACCCUCAAUGAUGGUGUGUGUGUGUGUGUGUGUGCGCGCGCCUGUGUGCGUGUGCGUGUGUGUGUGUGUCAGGGUUUCUGUUAGCCGGCUUUUGGCCGCUCCCAAAAAAUUCAAGGCGAUAAAUUAAACUGUUGCAAGCCAAAAUGACCGGGAGAAAAUUUUUUCCCAUUGCAAAAUAAUGCUUUUUAUUAAUUGAUGUAAAUACCAGUCGAUGUAAAUACAUUUGAGGGUCAUGCUUAUCGGUCUAUAGGUUAAUUUGCAUAAUUUUGUGGAAUUAAAUUGGCCUUUGCGUAUUUUGGUUAGUCAUCUGGUAUCUUAUUUAUCCAACACAACUAUCACAAGUGCACAGCAUUCAGAGCCUAUUUUGAGCGGGAUUUCUCCUGCUGCUUCUCAGCUGGUGACUGCUGGAGUAAAAUAUGUGCUUUUAUAAGCCCAUUCAUGGGCUCCCGAGUGGCGCAGCGGUCUAGUGCACUGCAUCUCAGUGCUUGAGGCGUCACUACAGACCCCCUGGUUCGAUUCCAGGCAGUAUCACAACCGGCCGUGAUUGGGAGUCCCAUAGGGCGGCGCACAAUUGGCCCAGCGUCGUCCGGGUUUUGCGGGUGUUAUUAACUGAAUUGCCUAGUUAAAUAAAGGUUAAAUAAAAAAUAAAAAAUAAAAUUCAUUGCACAACAACUCUAAAUGCAAUCGCGUGUUAUAAACAGUUUUGGUUCACAAUUAAAAAUAGCGACUUUCUCAACUGGUAAUUGAAGCACGCCUCCCAUUCACUAUUUAAGUGCAGGCAACAGGCUAUCAGCGCGUCACCACUUUACAAUGUCAGCUGGAGGCAGUAUUCAUUUUGAAAACAUACUUAAUUGUUUGAAACCUGAAUGUUUUAUUUGAUAUAAUGAGGCAUGUCUUACCUUGCUUCAAAGAAGCCUAUAGGCAAAAUCUGACCAUGGAAACGUGGAGGCAAUUAUUUUAUAAAGGCUUCAUAGGCGGCGCGUGAGUUUGAAGUUUGGGGAAGCUUACAAUUUAUCCUACUAUUUCUACGGUUCUGUGUGCCAGUUAUGAUUUUCAUAUGCACAUUUUCGUGGAACCGUUUCAUUUCAAUAAUACAGUUUUCGUUUCUCAAAAUCAUUGGUUAAUCAUAAAAAUUGGAAUAAAAAUGAUACAAUUCUAAAAGUAAAGUCAACUAAUGCGAGAUCACCAACCUCUGCCGUAUGGACACAUUGAUACACCGUGAUCGUGAUCCAUUGGCGGCUAAAGAAAUGAACGCAUGGAACUCAUAGCCUAUAGGCCAAUGCAGCAUUAGGCCUAUAACUGCCAUUGCUCAUUCACACCGAGGAUUGGUGAUUAUCGAGGGGGAUAUUGUUGGAAAGAUUUUUCAAAUAGCUUACUGUGAGGAACUAAAGUUUUAAUAUAUUAUAAUUCGCAAUGGAUGUAAAAAAAAACAACAACACUUUCUUACAUUGCCGCGCAGCAGGCCAGGUACUUCUAUGCAUGCUCAGGCGCCCGAGCUCCCCCAACAUUAUCAGGACAGAGAAACCAGACACAUGCUCACAUCGAGCACUCCAAACAAGACAAUGAAAAAAUUGACAAAUCUCGUAAAUGAUGGUUAUGAAAUAAACCCAAACUUGUUUCUCGCAAGUGUAGCAGGCUGUGAACUCUGCAAACAUUUCCACUCCGAGCAUGAGAACGGUAAAAACUGUAAUUAAUACAUGCAUUAACAGAAAUGUAUGUAACCAAAUGACGGGGAUUAACUACUGGUGACAUAAGUAAUGAAGAAUUGAUUAAAAAAUAUAUAUAAUCAAAGGGCAAACAAUUCACACAAUGAAACAAUGAAUGCGCAAGAAUUGGCGGGAGACAGCUGAGCCAUUCUGGAGAGAGACUCGCCUAUACAGUAUCUUCGCCACACAUCCCUCCCCUUCUUCAUGUCACAACAUAAAUUAUACUCAAGACACAUUAUCUUCACACAUAUUUUAGAUGCUUUUCACUGACAGCCGCAACUCAAUAAUCAACUAGGCCUAUUGCCACGCGCGCUGCCCAACUUGCGGACUUCCCAAAUAGGCAUAGACCUACGACCUUUUGAUUUGAAACAAUCCACAGAAUCCUUGAUUCCUCUGUGGCUAAGUGAUGCUUUCUGGUGAAGUAUUUUGAAUGAUUUUAUUUAUUUAUUGGUUUUCAUAUGAACUUCCUUUCGGCACAAUCCAAGUCAUAUUAGCUACCUAUUCUAGUUGUUGCAUCUUUAAAUUCUCCCUCUUUAUAAGUUUUUAUCUCUGUCACAUAUGGAACCGCUAUCAGGUAUGCUGUUUAGAGUGGUGUUUCCCAGGUGUGCUGUUUAGAAUGGUGUUUUCCCGUGAAUUGCAUUUUGGCAAAUGUUUGAAAAUGACGUUUUAUUGUCUGCUUCAUUACAUGAGUUGCAUGUUCUGUUAAGAUGCAUUACCAUAAUCUAAAUGUGAUUUCUGUCAUUCUGAGCACCGUGGGUGGACACCGAGUCUGAUACAUUUCUCAAAUGGCCGGAAAAUUUCAAUCUUCCCGGUCACAUUGUCCGGUGCCACAUUUUCCUAACGGAAACCCUGGUGUGUGUGUGUGUGUCAGGCAUGGACCCCAGUGAUAAGAAGCUGUCCACCCUGAGGCAGCGGCUGCAGAGUAAGAUCCGAGAGGCUGAGUCUCUGUCCCGUGGCCGACACGGCUCCGUCCUCCCCCUCCUCACAAGACACGUCUUCAUCCAGGUACACACACACACAGACGGACUCAGAGACAUACAGGCGCACUCAUACAGGCGCACUCAUACAGGCGCACUCAUACACACCACUCUUCUCCUUUUUCACAUCACAUUCUUUUUUUUCUGUCCCUCCCUCAGGUCCUCUCCCAGCGAGGUGUCCCGUUGGUCCAGUGCCCCGCCGAGGCAGACUGGGAGAUUGCCUGCCUGGCCAAUCAGUGGGAUUGUCCAGUUCUGACCAAUGACAGCGACUUUUACAUCUUUGACUUGCCAGGUGGGUGGAGCCAGACCAGGAAGUGAUGUCUCCUUCCAGUUUUUAUCUUACCCCCUCCUCUCUCUCAUCCCUUUCUCCCGCCUCUACUUCCAGGUGGGUAUAUUCCGUUCCGGUUCUUCCAAUGGGCCAGUGUUGGCGGUUCCCCUCCAAAUCACUACAUCCCAGCCAGGCGCUACACGGUCAGUGGGCUGUGCCGGCACUUUAGGGGAAUGAACCGGGAACUUCUGCCGCUGUGUGCUGUCCUGGCAGGGAAUGACUACACCACAGAACAAACCUACAAACACAUACACACACUCCUCUCUCAGCUAACCACGGGAGGGAAGAGGGGAGGCAGAGGGGGAGGGAGCCCAUCCCAUAUAGAGGGCCUCCUUCUCUGGCUCUCCUACUUCCCUGGACCUGAGGAGGCUCUGGAGGAGGUGGGGAGACUGACAGGAGGAGUAGAAAGAGGAGGAGGAGAGCGAGGGAGAGGAGGAAUGGGGAGAGGAAGAGCAUGGAGAGGAGGAGAGAAGUCCGGCCUGUGUUCUGUGCUCUGGUCAGGCAUGCAAGAGUACCAUCUGACCCCUCAGAGCCGUCUCUCUACCUGGUUCUCUGGAGGCUCAUCCAGGUCGCCAGAGGGGCUGUGGGCUGCUACUCCCUGCCCGCUGCCAGAGUGGCUGUGCUGGGCCGCAGGGAGCGGGGCGAUGGCCCCCCUGGUGUUGGACGUCCUGGAGCUCAGGAGGGUGCUGCUCAUCCCUCAGGUGGAGAACAGCCGACUACCCAGCAGCCACUGCAGCGCCACAGCCAUACGACAGGCCCUCUACGGGAUCCUACUGGCCAAUCAGGAGCAGGGGGAGAGGAGAGAGGGAGAGAGGGGGUGGGGAGAGGGUCACAGGGUCCAGGGACAAGGUGGACAGGAGACCCAAGUAGAGGGACAGGGUGAGAGGGGGAGGGGAGAAAGGCAGAGGGGGAGGAGGGGAAGGGGCAGAGGUCAGGGUCAGGGGGGUGCAGAGCCUUCCUCAGGCAGCGGUCAGGGUGAGAACAACGCCCCUAGCGGUGUGGAGGGUGACAGCGCUGUGAGUGUGUGUGUGGAGGAGUACGACAGACACGAUCUGAACCUGAGGAAGAGCCAGGUGGAGCCACGCACCCCCAGAACCAGGCUACACCUUGAGACACUCUGCCAGGUAACCAUAACAACACUCUCUGGCAGUUAAUCAUAGCAACACACUGGCAGGUAACAAUAUCAACACACUGCUUGGUAACCAUAACAACACACUCAGUCACCCUCUACUUUUUUUCCAAGAUUGUUACUUUUUUGUCCAUAGUGUCAUCGUCCUAUUGAUUUGACUAAUCCCCCACCCACCGUCCCUCUCUCUCUCCAUCUCUCUUUAUAGGCUCCUGUGUCAGUGCGGCUGGAGGUGCUGUAUGAUGUUCUGGGGGUGAAGGAGUCCUCUCUGUCUCCCCUACCUCCUCACCUCAGGCUGGCCCUUGGAGUGACUGGGUUCUGGAGGAGAGAGGCCAGACCUUUUCCCUCUCUACCCCAGGUACAGGCUCUGCUGCUGGGCAUGGUCCAUGGAGAGAUGGCCCGGAACACCCAACCUGGACAGAACCAGAACACAGGUAGGGGCAGUGUACACACAUGCAAAUACGCAUAAGUGUGCACAAACACACAAACACAUAUACUUGAGUUAGAUCCACAAAAAAACAUCACAUUGCAAAGGACCCCAAUAUUUGGUUGUACAGUCUUGUCUUUCGUACACACACAUACACACUAAACCAGUUCUCUCUCUAACUCAGCCGCAGAACGGAACUUGUGGAUGAAGCUUCGCCUGCGGCCAGGAGACAGGCGGGGUUUCGAUGUGGGCGUGGCUCAUUCCCUCAGCCAAUGGCAGGCCUGCCUGUGGAGCGUGCUCAGUUUGAACCAGCUACUGUGUCUGCCCCUGCCUGAACCAGACACAGCAUGGUAGGUAACGCACGCACGCACACACAACACACACAUACUGCCCCUACCGCUGUUUGAACCAUACUGUCCCUCUGUCCCCCAGGUUAUUCAGUGGUAGUCUGGUCCAUGGUUUGGUUGGACGUCUGAGAGGGGGUUGUUCUCCUGAGUCUGUCCUGGCUGCAGCUCCUCUCUCUGGGCAUAUAUACCGCUCCCUACUGGCUGCUCUGGAGAACUGCACCCUAAAUACACUACCCUCAUCAUCAGGGAGGAGGAAGAGGGGGAAUGGAAGGAGGGGGAGAGGGAGAGGGAGAGGAGGAGGAGAAGGAGGAGCCCCUUCCUCCCAGGAGAUAAACAACAGGUUUGCUCUACUGAUGACUGAGGAGGAUGAAGAGUGA